AGGCCUUAGUCUUCCUGUGUGUGUGUGUGAUGGUGUUGAGUGGUGUGGGUUGCUCUGGCGAAGUGGAUGCUCUGCCUGGUGGUGUGGAUGUGUGUCAUAUUUUUUUUUCUCUCUCUCUUUUGACGGAGAUGGAUGUAUUGCGUGAUGAUAUAUUGCGGUGUUAGUAUUCAUUUUGAUACGUUGAUACCUCUACAGGAAUUCCAUAUGUGAAGGUAUGGAAACUUCGAAAACGAAUGGGUAUUAAACCAUUCCCCAGCCUCUCGAAAAUCCAAAACUACAGACAAAAUCGAGUUGUAAAUACGAAGGAGAAGAGCGGGAAAUUGAAAAGUUAUCAAGUGUCCCAAGGUCGCCAGAGCUGAGCAGAGCAGGGAACAAUGAAAAUGCCAACGUGGUCCCCGGCCAAUACGGUGGUUAUUGCAGGGGCUUGGGCUUCGAGGAACUCGGGGUGGAAUUCAGCGCGGCGACUUUUUGCUCAUUCUUCAUCAGCGAAACCCUCCUUCCCAGCAGGAUGUGGCAGCCCGCAAAGACGACACGUAUUGGUGUUCCUGGGCAUGAUGGGCGUCGCCGUAGAUUACUUGGUAAGGUACAGCAUCAGUGUUGCCAUCGUUGCCAUGGUGCAGACCCCUCACUUGCUCACCAACGCAUCGCAUGACAAGGAAAUAUGCCCGGCAGCUGCUAACACUACGCACGGAGGCGGCGCUGAUCCUCACGCCGAAGGAGAAUAUGACUGGAGUGAGGAGAUGACUGGAGUAAUCCUUGGAAUGUUCUUCUGGGGAUAUUUCAUCACAAAGGCGGCAGGCGGCCGCAUCGCCGAGUUGGUGGGCGCGCGGGUGACCAUGGCUGCAAGUCUCGGCGCGUCGGGUCUGCUGUCCCUCUUGUGCCCGACCGCCGCCAACCUUCACCCUCUGGCGCUGGCGGGGCUCCGGCUGGCCAUGGGGCUGGUGCAGGGACCCGCCUUCCCCGCGCUCUACAGCCUGCUCGCGAGGUGGUCUCCGCCCGACGAGCUCGCGACGAUGGUCUCCGUCUCCUUCUCUGGUAUGCUCUUGGGUAACAUGGUGGCUCUCGGCGGGUCGGGCUUGGUGGUGGAGUGGUUCGGUUGGCGGUGGGUCUUCUGGAUCGGCGGCUUGCUGGCUCUCGCGUGGACGCCCUUGUGGCUCGCCCUCGUCCGCGAGUCGCCCGAGGAGCACCCCUGGAUCACGGCGGAGGAAAAGAAUCUCCUGGCGGUCAACCUCGAUGUGAAGCCCAGGAGACGUGUCCCUUGGGUCCGCGUCCUCCGGUGCUGGACAUUCCUGGCGGCCAUCUUAGCCGAGUUCUCAGGGUCGUGGGUGGCGGCGCUGCUCACUACGGAGGCGCCGACGUUCCUCACAAACCAGAUCGGCUUGAGUCUUCAGUCCUCGGGGUACGUGUGUGUGGUGGGCACGGCCGUCAGCUACGUCUUCGCCAUCUUCUACGGGAAGCUGAGUGACUCCCUGAUCCGACGGAAGUAUCUGACGAAGGUCAACGUCAGGCGCCUCUUAUACGCUAUCGGCUUCGUGAUCAUAUGCAGCAGUUUGAUAGGUAUCGUAUUGGCCAAGUGCGAUACCGUGACCGUGUCCAUUUUCGUGGUGGUGGCCAUGGCAGGAGCUUCGGUGAACAUGGUGACCUAUCAGCUCACUCCCAUGGACUUGGCGCCGAAUUAUGCGGGCACACUUUCGGGUCUUAUCGGCAUCGGCAACAUCGGAAGCUUCGCGGCGCCGCUGGUCACGUCCAAGCUGCUCGUGGAUCUGGAAAAUGGCUGGAGCGCGACCUUCCUCCUCGGCAGCGGUAUCUAUUUUCUCUUGGGAAUUUUCUACAUUUUCGUUGUACGAGCAGACAUCGAGCCGUGGAAUUACUACGAUGAAAUAGAAGAGUGAGAUAGAUGCGAGAUAGAGAUGCAAUUGUUUGGGAAAUAUUGUUGUAAAAUUGGGGGUCGACGCCAUUUAGUUUUUUCUUUUUUUUAAGCCUAAAAUGUUUUCAAAAAUCCCAAAGGUCGUCGACAGGUAGAUAAUAAAAGAUGCUUUUAAGUCUGUGUAUAUUUAUUAUAUAGAAUCUUAAACAUAUUUAUUAUUUAUUACAUGACCAACGGAAAUGAUGGCACAAAUAUUUACCAGAUUUUAUCCAUGUAUUUCGCUUUAAAGUGUACGCUUGCUUUAAGAAUUUCUGUAACGAAAGCUUUAAUAAACUUAUGAUGUCCA